AUGGCUGUCCACAUCACAGCGCUGUCUCCGCUCCUGCCACUCAAGCGCCGUUAUGAAAGCCCGCUCAUUCCGUUUGAAGAUGAUGAGCCAGCGACUUAUCUUCAGCGGGUGGAUGACGAAACCCCAGCGAUCAUAGGUCUCUGCCAUGUCAAGGAUGGAACAGCGCCUUUUGCUCCCCCCCGGUCGGUCGGCCCGGUCUACAGCAGCGCCGGGGCCGUUAGCGAGCGCUGGAACGGGUCAGGAGCCGAGGAAGGGAAGUCUCCGUCGCCUCUUGAACAGCCUGUGUUUUUACUGUCCUCGUCCCUCAUCUUUUUGGGGGCGCAGUAUUUUAGCGGUGCCCUGGAUGUCAUUCGUCACCGGGAGUGCGGCGUGUGA